AUUAGUUCAAUCUAGUAUUUCAACAGCAUUGUUACUACCUCUACUUCCACAUUCAUCAUUCAGUGAAGUAGUAGUAGUCACGUACGAAUUGGAACAUCUUGCCGGAGGUUGGUUGGGUGACGAUGGACAGUGGCAACGGGCGUUGGAGCUAGGUGCCGUGCCGUGCCGUGCCGUGCCGUGCCGAUCCUCGCGUGCGUCUCCGCCAUUGGUUGUUCUCUGCCUUGUCGUUGGGCUAUUCUUUGGAUUCUUGGAUGGUGCUGGCAGUGGCGGGCUCGGGCUCGGGCUCGUUGUUGCCGUUGCGGCUCUGGGCGUGGCAUUGGCGAUCGGCCAUGGUUUUGUUCUUGCUCUCGGCGACGCCGAGGUUGUGCCGGGCGGAACAAAGGACACCGGCGCCGGAAACGGGGGAGGAUCCGAAAGCACCUCCCGGGUGGAGUACAUCGACGGCACCGGCGAGCAAGGACGACGAAAACGACACCGAAAACGACACAGUAUGUCGAAAACCGACGUCGUUGUCGUUGUCGUUGUCCUUGUCCUUGUCGUCGUCUUCCUUUCCUGCUUCCUGCCACUCGGUGGAUUCGGUAGAUGGGGCAAACGGCGAUCGGGACCCAAGCAGCAGGAGCCUCGGCAUCAACAACAACAUCAACAACAACGACGACGACGACGACGACGACGACAACAAUUACAAUUACAAUUACAACCACCACCACCACCAAAACUACAACAGCAGCGAUCCCCCGUGGCUCUUCUCCGGGGACGAUACAGCGGCGGUCGCUGUUCCCGUCCAGCGGAUCGGAUGCCGCGCACGAAAACGAGAACGCCUGGAACGAGACUCCCGGAAGGGCAGCGGCCGGAGACCCACCUUCCGGGACCACCGGCGGGCCCUGCGCACGGAGGAAGGCCCACCGGACGGGCCAGAGCCGUUGCGGUUGCAAUUGCAGCUGCAAUUGCAAGACCCGCCGCAGCGGGGAACACACACCCAACACAACCCCCGGCACAAGGAAAGCGGGCAGUCGGUGGAAGACGCCGACCGAGACAAGGGUUGCUGCCCGGCUCGAGCAUUCGGUUUCGAGUCGAUCGUUCUCGACCCUUCCUUCGUCCCCGUGUAGAUUUAGUAAUCGUGGUUCGUAACAGUAUUCCUUAAUUCUUUCAUUAUUUGUUACUUCAUCUGUCUUGUUUGUUUGCCAUCUGUUGGUUGGCUCGUUGUUGUUUGCCAUCUGUUGGUUGGCUCGUUUGAGAUAUGAUUCGAUUCGAUUCGAUUCGAUUCGAUUCGAUUCGAUUUCAAGUCAACUCAACUCACACUUAUUACCCUGUGGUUUGUUCUGUGUCUUCGUUGGAGUCUUCGUUGGAGUCUUCCUGGGAGGUCUCAUCCGAGCCUUCGGGCGUUGGGAAUUCCGUUGGGAACUGUGAUGGAACAGCGGAUGGUGCGGGUGUGUUCAUCAUCAUGCCCAUCAUGUUCAUGUUCAUCAUCAUGUUCAUCAUGUCGUUCAUCAUCAUGUUGUUCAUGUCGUUCAUCAUGUCGUUCAUCAUGUUGUUCAUCAUGUUUGGGGCUUUAGUUGGGGUAUUCAUCAUGUUGGACAUGAGUUCUCUCUGGCGGUCUCUUUCUCCUUUUGCUCCUACCUUGGGGGAAAGUUUGUUGGUGUUGUUCGGGUUCGGGUUGGCGCCAAUCUUCGAUCCACGGAAAUCGGCAUUCACGCUGUCUUGGAUGCAGGCCAAAGCCAAGAGGGCAACGAUAUUCUUUCUGUUCAUCAUUGUGGCGGUUGUAAUGUAUCGCUGUUGCUGUAUUGUAUAAUUCAAGACAAUAAUACAAUCUUUGAGAU